AUGAACUCUUCCGUCAUCCAAUCUCACUUAUACAAUUCUUUUUUGAGCGGCCAAACCUCCGAUGUCUGCAUACGCAUUUCAGGAGCAUUCAGUGCUACAUACAGAUUACACCGAGUCGUCCUUAUUCAGGCAGGGUUCUGGAGAGAUUUAUUCACUGGUGGCUUCGUCGAAAGCUCAGUAAAGCUGCGGACAACAGGUCGGAAAUCUGACACGAGGGUUGCUAGUUCUAUCACAAACUCAAGCACUGGUGAAGAUAUACUUGAUGUGGUGUUGGAUGACCGAAAUAUCUCGAGAGCUGCCUUUGAACUGUCUAUAUCCCGACUCUACGGUGGUGGACCACCAUUAUACAUUCAUCCAUCGCUUGUACCAAUCUCUACACAUCCUUUGACGUCUGGUUUCCCCUAUCCGUCUGUUCUUCCUUCGUCAUCUUUGCUUCCGUAUACUCCUGGAUGCCAGCCCGCUACCCCUGAAUUUCUCAUAAGUCUGCUUGCUACUUCCCUAUAUCUGUCAAUUCCAAGUCUUGCAUCAGAAGCAUUGACGGGGAUGCUUAGAACCAUAGGGCCGAGAACCGUUGGGUACUAUUUGGACUUUGCUCUUGGAAUGACCAAACUUAAGAAUGCAGACCGUCCCGCGGUGGGAUUGGAAGGCCUAGCUAAAGAUUUGGAAGAGGGAGAGCAUGGAUCAGAAUAUUCAGACCUGGACAUGUCUACAUCCUUUCCUGUUGAAAAUCGCAGUGGGCAACCCUCUGAAACCUAUCAUGAACGAUACUCACCGCUUAUCGUUGACUCUCCCAGUUCCCCCAAUUCCCUUCGUUCUACGAGUGAUGAAUACCUCUCCCUCCCUUUCUCGCAAGCAGCGCGCAACAGAAACUACCUUCCUCGGUCCAAGCUGGAUAACGCAGUGCCUUCCACACAGUUUUAUUAUGGUUCAAUUUCGGACAAGAUUGGAGAAGCAUGCGCUUGCUGGUUGGCAAGAUGGGGAGCAGAUAUGUUUGUGGAAGAAAAGAAGAUAGUAUCAGACUGGUUGGACGACCCAAACGCAAGCUUGGAUUCAUGGACCGUGGAGGAGAGUGGCUUUGAAGGUGUGCCGUUGACCUUAGAUACAGAUUCACACAGGCCCAGUCAUUCCACAUCCUCCGCGUGGACUCCAAAAUGGUCUCAAUCCAAUGUCAAGUCGAUUCCGAAAUUCUUCACUGCAACUGCAGUAGGAGCAGGAUAUGAGGGGUUGUCUCUCACAUGGAUUCAUGCCCUUAUAUCUAGCGAUAGCUUCUUCGUACCCGCACCUUCACUCUAUGACUCACUUUCUAUAACCUCUUCGAUUUCUGCGCAGUCCACCUUUGAUACAUCUUCUUCACGCAAUCCACUACCUGCCACAACACCGGGUAGCCCCGAGGAAGAGAGGUAUGCAUUUGCGAAAGGUGUAGUGGAGUUGAGAAGGGCUGUCAGGACCAAGGUCAGACAAUUACGGAAAAGGCAGAUGGAAAUCGAUGAGGAAAACGAGAGGCAUGCACGGCAAUCACGAUUAAAGGGCAAAGGACGCCAGUUGACCCCACUGGAUUCUAAUGACGAGGAUUACCAAGAUGGACUUUCAGACCAUUCAGAGACUGCAAUUAGUGACGAAUGGAAACAAUGGUCUGAUACUUGGCAGAAUGAGUGCAGUAAUGAGGAUAAGCAAUGGGACACAUUCUUCAGUACUGGUAUAUAUUAUACGAACAUGGUGAGGAUACUUCAAUUAUCUUAUCAAAGGUCCUGUUUCAUUAUCCCACAGUCUACCGAGGCCGUAAUCGAUAUCUCUCGAGAUAUCUCACCUUCCACCGGACGUCCGUAUGUUGACCUUCAAACGUUACAACAGGCAGUUUGGGAGGCAGAACUAGUGAAGCAUACCAUAAUAAGGGGUAAUCAAAAUACUUCAUCGCACAAGGCGCUAUACCCUGUAGACAAACUAGGGUUUGCGAAACCCGUCUCUAGUAUUUCAUCAACUUCAGCUACAGAUAAUUCGCUCAAUCGCGUCAAACCGUACUUCACCAUCCCUGCCAAUGAAUCUUUGCGAAUUGGGGAUACCAUAACCACAUUUAGCGGUAUAAAUGUGGAGGGAAACAUUCAUAAUAACAUCACGAUGGAUGAGUUAUUUGCAAGUAGCUUUGGCAAAAGUUCCCUUCACCGAGAGCACUCUUCUCGGGAAAGGAAAGGAAUGCAGAGGGGAUCCGCCACGCUGGGCGACACUGCUGCUUCGUCCGAUAAUCAAACUGGAGAGCAAUUGGAACAAGAGAAGACGGCGCCCAUUGCAAAAACCUCGAAUGAACGAACCUUCUUUGGGCUACGAGACACCAUUUGCUAUGCAACUCACGCAAACGAUCAUUCGUUCUCAUUCAUUUCCUCUCCCGCUCCCUUUCUUCAUCAUUCCCCAUCCCCUUUCCAGCUGCCUCCAUCACAACUGCUCUCUACGCACCCGCCUCUUCGGUUCAGUGUCGAAUUUUUUAAUUUAGAAAUGCUGAAGGAAAAGGACCGUAUCCAUUCGAGGACGGUUUGGUACGCAGGUAGUCUGUGGAACGUUUAUGUUCAGGUCGUCCAACGAAAGGACAAAAACUCAGCAAACGUUCUUGAGUCGCCUAAAGACGUGCAAACAUAUCGUUCGCCAGGAAGUGGAUUACUCCCUAACUAUCAACUAGGUGUCUAUUUGCACAGACAAUCCCCUACCGAAAACACCCCGCCGUUCAGCGCACCAGACCCGUUCAGUGAUUCUCGCCAGUCAAUCAAAGAUCACUAUAACCCCUCUUUAUCCUCUCCCUCCUCCUCCACAUACUCUCCAACUAGUCCGAAUUCACCUGUGACAUCAUCCACCCUUCAAGUGCAAAGGUCUCAGCAAAUAUUGAUUUCUUCGCCCUCAAGUCCCUCCCCAAGAGGCCCUGCAUUUACUCCACUCACGCCAUAUGCAUCUGCACCCCAAGCCACGUCUUCUUCUGCCUCAGCUACCCAGACAUCGUCAUCGACAUCCCGUCUCCGAGGUAAUAGCGGCUCUUCAUUAGUGUCUCCUUCCUUGCACCCUAUGACGGCUCCGGUCUCCCCUUCUUCCUCAUCAGCGCGACCGCGAACCCCUGGAGGAUCAGGCGGAUGGCGAAAUGUAGCUCCUUCUCAUUCCGCCAAUUCCCUUCUGAGCGGAAAUAAUUUUCUAAGCUCGUCGUUACCCACUGUAUUCCCAACAUUUGGAAGAAGUAGACAUCAAGGUUCUGGCUCAAGAGACGGGACUACACGAAACAUGGACUAUGGAAUACCAGGCGCUUCUGCGAGCACUUCGCAAGUUGGGCGGUCAACUCCAUCCCCACUUUCCUCUACACCGACUCCAUCUGUCCCCUCUGCUAUCACUGUAGCACCCCCGGCGUCAACCUCCUCGUCCACAGACCUGCCUUUGCCCGACCCACCUUUUCAUGCUGUCGUGAAUUCCAAGUCGAUAUAUCCUUACACCGAUCCUCGGCAAGUAGUCUCUGUGUACUUUUCUGUCAAUUGUGCAAGCCCUACUGGGAGUGCGCAAACUCGGUUUCGCAGCGCGCCAGAUAUUUUCAAGGUGGGGCAAAGCUGGGGUUGGAAGAGUAGUGGCUUGUUGGGUGGGCUUCAGGGAAAUGGCAGUACCAAUGGGAGCCAUAAUGAUGGCGGUCUCGAGGCAGCUUUGAUCCAGAUGGACCGCGAAUUGCCGGUGGUAGGACAUGAAGUGAGUUUGCGGGCAACCGUCGUGCUUGGAAUUGUGUAA